AUCUCCACUUUCCUUUUGGAAUAUUGUGAUGAGUGUAGAUACUUCUCUGAAAUACAGCAUGAUGAGAAGAGGUGCUUUUGAAAAAUCUAAUACAGUUGUGGGGAUUUGGAUCAUGGGGAGAUUUCUAAAAUUCUGUCAUGUGAAUAUUUGAAGUCUUUCUGGACGAUAUGAAGAUGUGAGUAAGAACUGGUUUGAAAAGAGAAGGCAGUAUGCAUCGUUUUAAGCUCAGACAUCCUCUCUGCUCUGGCUGUGACUGAACUCUGCCCUUUACUCUGUCACCUGGGUUAAGUUAUUGCUAUUUAGCCUUAGUUUCUUCAUCUGUAAAAUGGGGAUAAUUAUAGUAUCUGUCUUACAGGAUUGUGAUGAUUAAAUGAGAUAUGAAUAUAUUUAAAUACCUGUAAAGUGCUUAGCUCAGUUCUUGGGAAAUAGUAAGUACGCCGUAAAUAUUAGCUUAAUAUAGUUAUUAAUUUACAGCUUCAAUUUGCUUUGUGAAAGUAAUGAAUCUCGUUUAGUCUGUUAAGAAAGUGUUGUUGCACACAAGCUAAAAUUGGCCAAAUUGAAAGAAUAUUUGGGCUUUUCUGAAAAAGAGAGAUGUGAAAAUAUACCUACCAAUUCAAAACAGGGCUUUCACCAGGUAAGUCUUAUGACAAGUAUUUGGACAAAGUUUACUGAUAUUUAGCUGAAUACCAGAUGUUAACUUGGGAGUGAUCAACACUAAUCUUUCUUAGGUAAGAGGAGCAAAGUUUCCCUGGGGGCCGGAUGGGCCAGCAUUUAUUGAGGUCCUAUUAUGUACCAGGCAUUUCAUGAGGGAGACCUUCUGUGGCCUCACAGCAGCCCUGUGAUGUAGGAGAUAUUAUCUCCCUUUCAUAGAUGAGCAACACUUAGAUUCGUAUCUGACCGAGUGAAUUGAGGACUGGAGCCAGCCAAGCUGACAUGGCAAAAAGACCGUCUCAGCAAGUUCCUUCAUCCCUCUGAGCCUGUUUCCUCGUGCGCUAAACCAUCGCCAUAGGGCUGUUGUGAGGACUGUACGAAAUAAGGUAAAGUGUUGAUCGAAGGGAACCAGUGCAUUGCUUCCAUGGUUUCCAGUCAUCUGAGCCCAUGGACAAAACCAGCAACUAUUGGAUCCUUCAGCCCACAUGUGACAGAGUUUCCAAGAAAACGAAAAGGGAGUGAUUCAGACCCAUCCCAGUCAGGAAUCAUGAAAGAAAAAGUGGUGGAAAAACUUUCUCAGAAUCCCUUUUCCUAUCUCCUUUCAACAAGGGUAGAAAUAUCAGCAUCCAGUGGCAGCAGAAUGGAAGAUGGUGAACAACAAGUAAAAAUGAAGUCCUUCAGAGAAGCUCAUAGCCAAACCGAAAAGCGGAGGAGAGAUAAAAUGAACAACCUGAUUGAAAAACUGUCCGCGAUGAUCCCUCAGUGCAAUCCCAUGGCACGGAAACUGGACAAACUGACAGUUUUAAGAAUGGCUGUGGAACACUUGAGAUCUUUAAAAGGUAUGACAAGUUCUUAUGCAGGAAAUAACUACAGACCUUCAUUCAUUCAGGAUAAUGAGCUCAGACACUUAAUUCUUAAGACUGCAGAAGGCUUCCUAUUUGUGGUUGGAUGUGAAAGAGGAAAAAUUCUCUUCAUUUCUAAAUCAGUCUCCAAAAUACUUAAUUAUGAUCAGGCUAGUUUGACUGGACAAAGCUUAUUUGACUUCUUACAUCCAAAAGAUGUUGCCGAAGUAAAGGAACAACUUUCUUCCUCUGAUAUUUCACCAAGAGAGAAGCUAAUAGAUACCGAAACUGGUUUGCAAGCUCACAGUAAUUUCCACACCGGAAGGAGUUGUGUGUAUUCUGGCUCAAGACGAUCCUUUUUCUGUCGAAUCAAGAGUUGUAAAAUCUCUGUUAAAGAAGAGCACGAAUGCUUACUCAACUCAAAGAAGAAAGAUCAUAGAAAAUUCUGUACUAUCCACUGCACUGGUUACUUGAGAAACUGGCCUCCAAAUAUUGUUGGAAUGGAAGAAGAAACGGACAAUAAGAAAGACAGUAGUAAUUUUACCUGCCUUGUUGCCAUUGGAAGAUUGCAUCCAUAUAUUGUCCCACAGAACAGUGGAGAGAUUAAAGUGAAACCAACUGAAUUUAUUACCCGUUUUGCAGUGAAUGGACAAUUUGUCUAUGUUGAUCAAAGGGCAACAGCAAUUUUAGGAUAUCUGCCUCAGGAACUUUUGGGAACUUCUUGUUAUGAAUAUUUUCAUCAAGAUGACCAUAGUAAUUUGACUGACAAGCACAAAGCAGUUCUGCAGAGUAAAGAGAAAAUAUUUACAGAUUCAUACAAAUUCAGAGCAAAAGAUGGCUCUUUCGUAACUUUAAAAAGCCAGUGGUUUAGUUUCACAAAUCCUUGGACCAAAGAACUGGAAUAUAUUGUGUCUGUCAACACUUUAGUUUUGGGACCUAGUGAUUCUGGAGAAACAUCAUUGCUUCCUUGCAGCUCUCAAUCAUCAGAAGGAUCCUCUAGACAGUCUUGCAUUAGUGUGCCUGGAAUGUCUACGGGAACGGUACUUGGUGCUGGUAGUAUCGGAACAGAUAUUGCAAGUGAACUUCUGGACUUACAAAGGUUACAGUCUUCUUCAUCCCUUGAUGAUUCAAGUCCAACAGAUUUAUUGAAAGAUACUCACACUAUAAACUGCAGGAAUAUGUCAAAUAAGGAGCUGACUACACUAAGUCCUUCUGAAAUCGGGGAGCUACAGGCUACAAAGCAAAACCAAAGUGCUGUUGUUCCCCAUAGGCACGAACCACUCCUUGGAGAAGGUGCCCAGCUGGAUUUUGAUGCCCUCUGUGACAAUGACGACACAGCCAUGGCUGCCUUCAUGAAUUACUUAGAAGCAGAGGGGGGACUGGGAGACCCUGGGGACUUCAGUGACAUCCACUGGGCACUCUAGCAUUUGAUUUUUAACUCAACAUGAGAAACGUUUUGAAGCAUUUCGCUUACGAAAGACUAUAUAUUCUUCUGUACUGUACUGAUAACUGUUUUUAUCUUUUAUUCCUAUUAAUGGUUGACCAGUUUUUAUAGAUUUGCUCCUGACUUUCACAGGGGUACAGGGAAAUGUGAUGUUUCCCUUCAAAUUCUCAAAAUUUUCUAUAGACCGCUUUACUCACUGACAUAGCUUAAAGCCCACUAGUUGCUAUAUUUUUGCUAAAGUCUUUCUAACCAAGAAUACCACAUGUAUCUUGUUUGGGUUUUAUUUUUUGAUGCAGUUGUUUUCAGUUUGGGGAAGUUAAUGUGUUGACAUCUUCCUUGUGUCUGAGAUUCAUUUAUAAUUGAUUUAUAAUAGAAGAUUUGUGUAAUCUGGAACAUUUCCAUUCCUUGUGUAUUUCCUUAAUUGAGGAUAGGGCUUAUCCACUUUAAGAAAACGAUAAGUACUUGAACAUUAAAGGGACAGUGCAAUUUGUAGUGGUAAUCACAAUGAAUACUGUAUUCAGUCUUUGUAGACUUGGGCAAGCACAGAGCCAUGAUAGUUAUGCUCAGUUGAGCACUUUGAGAUGGAUUUUAAGUGAGAUGAUUUCUUAUUUAAAACU